AUGCCUGACAACUUUGCCUUGCGUUCUAUCGGUGUGUUUUCCUUCCUUCCCGACUGGGUCCUCUUGAAGGCAGACCUUGGGCUCCAGGAGGCUCCUCCUCCCCAACGCCUGGGCCCUUAUCAGGAAGCAAUUUGGGUUGGUGGGGAGGGGGAAGUCCGAGGCCCCAGGCUCGGCAAGGUGGGUAGGAGAGAUAGGGAAGUGGGGAGGGGGCCAGGGGGCCCUGCUGGGAGGGCCCGAGGAUGGAAGAGAUGCCCAGAGCCAGUGCUGUCCUUGCCGGCCUGGCCUCUUGACAUGGUUCCAGGCUGCUCCUGCCUUCCCUCCUUGCCAGGCAAGCCGCCCGCACCUUUAAUUAGCAAGCAGCAGCCUCUCCCCGAUUCAUCACAGUCACUGUUUAAUUAGCCGCGCACAAGGCGCCCCUACCCCCAGCUCUGGGUGGAGCAGCCUGCUUCUCUCACGGAGGCUGCCACCACCUCAUGGUGUCCCCUGUCACACAGCCCCCCCCCAUACUUAUUCUGCUCCCCAGAAGGGGGGAUGGGGCGGGCACGCCUGGCUGAAACCUCAAGGAGAUUCUGGGCACUGACGCUUGUGUUCAAAGCAUCCAGCAAACAUUAUUAGGGUUUCGAGUCUGCGCUAGGCUGGCGCUGGGUGGAACCCAGGCUGGAUGGGGGCGGCUGGCCUCCGUCCUCUCCAAGGGCUCGAGAACGGCUUUUCCCUUUGCGAGGUGCCUGGCUGGUCCCAGGGUGUUGGGAAAAGCCUAAUAAUCCUCACUGUGGCUCCACUCCCCCCACCCCACCCCCAGCAAACCCCCAGAGCCCAGGAAACCCCUCUGAGAAGACAGCCUUCUCUAGGAUGGAGAGCCACCCCCCCCCCC